GUAGGUAGAGGGCCUGUUUUUGGCUAGGUGAGCUUCUUCCACUCUUCUCUCUUCAAAGAAACCCAAGGUCUAGUUCUGUACCCUACCCCUGCACCACAACAGCCACUGGCCCAUCAUUGCCUUCAAUGCCCUUGACCCAAGUUCCUGGAAACAAAGGAAACAACAUGCUUUAUAGGGGCUGAGUGAGCAUUUCCGGGGCCGCAAAUUAAAUUAUACUCUCCUAGCCGCCUGCCUUGUUAUUGCUAAUGGCUCAAGCCCAGUGCAUCCCCUAGGUCCUGGUCCUAUGGAAAUUUUGGGAGCCUGGAUACCCUAUCUUGUUUCUAAAUAUUAAUUGGUUCCUGGAGGCCUCACCCAAAAUUGGAGAUGGCCACUCCUCUAGGAGAGUACCAAAAUCUUGAGUUCCAGUGAGUGAGCCUGAUCUGUGCCCCCACCCUCUAAAGAGGGCCCCUCAUGACUUAGCUGUAGGGUAGAGUCACGUGUGGGUCCUUCAUUAGACCCUGACAUAAAAGCUGAGGGCACAGUUGGCCAGGGACUCUCUAGGCAAGGAACAGCAAGCAGAGCCAGGCUAUGCUGACUGCAGUGCUGCUAAGCUGUGCCCUGCUGCUGGCAUUGCCAACCACGCUUGGGGCCCAAAUGGGAUUGGCACCCCUGGAGGGCAUCAGAAGGCCUGACCAGGCCCUGUUACCAGAGUUCCCAGGCUUAGGCCUGCAAGCUCUGCUAAAGAAGACGACUGCAGAACAAUCAGAAGAGGCUCUGCUACAGAAGGCAGAAGCUUUGGCAGAGAUGCUAGACCCGCAGAACCGUGAGCUCCGUUCCCCGCGCCGCUGUGUAAGGCUGCACGAGUCCUGUUUGGGACAGCAGGUACCAUGCUGUGACCCGUGCGCCACUUGCUACUGCCGCUUCUUCAACGCCUUCUGCUACUGCCGCAAGCUGGGUACGGCCACCAACCCCUGCAGCCGCACCUAACAGGCUGACGAUUCAGCAAACGGGCAUACGAAUAAAGGAUGGGAUCAAU